AAGUCUCUGUGAGAGAGUCUCCGUGUGAGAGUCUGUGAGGAAGACACCCUGUGUGAAAAAGUCUCUGUGAGAGAGUCUCCGUGUGAGAGUCUGUGAGGAAGACACCCUGUGUGAGAGUCUCUGUGAGAGAGUCUCCGUGUGAGAGUCUGUGAGGAAGACACCCUGUGUGAAAGAGUCGCUGUGAGAAAGACACCUUGUCUGAGAGAGUCUCUGAGGGACACCCUGUGAGAGAGAGCCAGAUGUGAGAGCGGGGCUGCUCCGCACCCCUCCCUUCUGUGAGUGCGCCCCCAGCACCCGGGGUGUGUGGGGUGGGUGCGGCAGAGGCGUUGUGAGUGCACAGGGCCGGGGGCGGCGCGGUGCCCCGCUGUGCCUCCCUGGGUGGUGCUGGUGGGCCACCCCGCCACCCUAGCGCUGGCUUCAGGAGCAAAUCCCGACGAGCUUCCCAACGGGCAGGAGCGGAAGCCCCGCCAGGUCCCGAGGGCACCAUGGAGCCUUGGCCGGCUGGCCCCCCUAUGGAGCCUGGGUCCUCAUGUCCGGCUGCUGCCCCUGUGGAGAGACAGUUUCGCAUCCUUGUGGGUGUCACCGGCAGUGUGGCUGCACUGAAAUUGCCUCUUCUGGUGUCUAAACUUCUGGACAUUCCUGGCCUUCUCUCCAGGGACGACACCAGGCUGUGGGCAGUACUGGGCCAACGGGUGGAAGUGGCCGUGGUCAGCACUGAGAGGGCCAAACACUUCUACAGCUCCCAGGACAUCCCUGUCACCCUGUACAGUGAUGCUGAUGAGUGGGAGAUGUGGAAGCGGCGCUCAGACCCCGUUCUCCACAUCGAGCUGCGGCGCUGGGCGGACCUCAUGCUGGUGGCCCCCCUGGAUGCCAACACACUGGGCAAGGUGGCCAGUGGCAUCUGUGACAACCUGUUGACCUGUGUGCUCCGGGCCUGGGACCGCAGCAAACCCCUGCUCUUCUGCCUGGCCAUGAACACAGCCAUGUGGGAGCACCCGCUGACCGCCCAGCAGCGGGACCAGCUCCGGGUCUUCGGCUACACAGAGAUCCCGUGCGUGGCCAAGACGCUGGUGUGCGGGGACCAAGGCAUGGGGGCCAUGGCCGAGGUGGACACCAUUGUGGACAGAGUCAGAGAAGUCAUGUCACAGCACCGCGGCUGCCCGAAGAGCUGAGCCCAUCCCGUGUGUGGUGUCUCUAGGCCCAGGACCCUACUGCCAGGAGACACCCCUCCCUGGCUGCUCUCUGUGCGAGUAGUGGGUGUGGGCCCGGGGCUGGACCCUGAACCACCGUCUGCAGCUCACCUCAGGGCUUUCCCGAGGGCCAGUCUCCGAGCUUCUCCACAGGCGCUGAGGGCAGCCGACACCGAGGAAAGGAUCAGAUGGCUGCCGGGAGGAGUGCAUGCAGAGCCCCAGACUUGCAGGCUCCCAGCACCGACACCAAGGCUGGUGCUCUGCUCUCACUGAAUAAAGGAGCUGAUGAGUGACCACA